GGGGCGGAAGAUGGCGGUCCGGUGGGCGGUUGACUGUUGAUCCGCGGCAGAGGUGCCGCCGAGUGGGUCGCGCGGGAGGCGCCUCAGGCUCGCGGCUGGCCUCCCGGCCGCCUCCCCGCACUCCCCCGUCGGCCGGCGGAGCCCCCGGCCGGGGCCGGUGCGGCCGCCGGCGCCGCCGCCGCCAUGUCCCUGUUGCAGUCGGCGUUGGACUUCCUGGCCGGUCCGGGGUCCCUGGGCGGGGCCGCCAGCCGCGACCACACAGACUUCGUGGGGCAGACAGUGGAGCUGGGCGACCUGAGGCUGCGGAUCAAGCGGGUCAUCGCCGAGGGUGGGUUUGCUUUUGUUUAUGAAGCUCAAGAUCUUGGAAGUGGUAAAGAUUAUGCUUUAAAGAGACUGCUGUCCAAUGAAGAGGAAAAGAACAAAGCAAUCAUUCAAGAAGUUUGUUUUAUGAAAAAACUUUCUGGACAUCCUAACAUUGUCCAGUUCUGCUCUGCUGCAUCAAUAGGAAAAGAAGAGUCUGAUACUGGACAAGCUGAGUUUCUUCUUCUCACUGAACUCUGCAGAGGGCAACUGGUCGAAUUCUUAAAGAAAGUUGAAUCCAAGGGCCCUCUCUCCUGUGACACGGUUUUGAAGAUAUUUUAUCAGACAUGCAGAGCAGUACAACAUAUGCAUAAACAGAAGCCCCCUAUUAUCCAUCGGGAUCUCAAGGUUGAAAAUAUGCUGAUUAGUAAUCAAGGAACAAUUAAACUGUGUGAUUUUGGCAGUGCUACGACCGUGUCACAUUAUCCUGAUUAUAACUGGACUGCUCAGAAGAGAGCAAUGGUUGAAGAAGAGAUCACAAGGAAUACAACACCGAUGUACAGGACACCAGAAAUAAUUGACUUAUAUUCAAACUUUCCAAUUGGGGAAAAACAAGAUAUCUGGGCCUUGGGCUGUAUCCUAUACCUCUUGUGCUUCAGGCAACAUCCUUUUGAAGAUGGAGCAAAACUUCGGAUAGUUAAUGGAAAAUACUCAAUCCCACCAAAUGACACAAGAUACACAGUUUUUCAUGAUCUCAUUCGUUCUACAUUGAAGGUGAACCCAGAAGAAAGGUUGUCAAUCACAGAACUUGUAAAUCAGCUCCAGGAGAUAGCAGCUGCUAGAAAUGUAAAUCCAAAGUCACCUAUAACAGAGCUUCUGGAACACAAUGGCGGUUAUGGAAAUAAUAUGCAGCCUAGAGGUUCUCUCAAUUCAGUGCCACAAGGUACUAAAGCUGUGGGGCAGCUCAGCAAUGUGUAUAGUGCAGGCAUGACAGUUGCAGAGUGUGAUCAGUCCUAUAGUGGUUUCUUUGACAUUCUUAGAGGAGGAACAGAAAGAUUUUUUACUAACAUCAAAGACACUUCUUCCAAAGUUAUCCAGUCUGUUGCUAAUUAUGCUAAAGGAGAUUUGGAUAUUUCUUACAUCACAUCCAGAAUUGCUGUGAUGUCAUUUCCAGCAGAAGGUGUAGAAUCUGCUCUCAAAAAUAACAUAGAAGAUGUGCGGUUGUUUUUAGACUCUAAGCAUCCUGGGCAUUAUGCUGUUUACAAUCUUUCUCCAAGAACAUACAGGCCUUCCAGAUUUCAUAAUCGGGUUUCAGAAUGUGGUUGGCCAGCAAGACGAGCCCCAAACCUUCAAAACCUUUAUAACAUCUGCAAGAAUAUGCAUUUAUGGCUAAAACAAGACCACAAAAAUGUUUGCAUCGUGCACUGCAUUGAUGGAAGAGCCGCAUCAGCUGUUGUUGUUUGCUCCUUUUUAUGUUUCUGUCGUCUUUUUACCACUGCUGAGGCUGCAGUUUAUAUGUUUAGUAUGAAACGCUGUCCACCUGGCAUCUGGCCAUCACAUAAAAGGUAUAUAGAGUACAUGUGUGACAUGAUGGCAGAAGAGCCCAUUAUCCCCCAUAGUAAACCAAUCCUUAUUAAAGCAGUCCUGAUGACACCAGUGCCCCUGUUCAGCAAGCAGAGAAAUGGCUGUAGACCCUUUUGUGAAGUUUAUGUGGGAGAUGAACGAGUGACCACAACAUCUCAAGAGUAUGAUAAAAUGAAGGAUUUUAAAAUUGAGGAUGGCAAAGCAGUAAUUCCAUUGGGCAUAACAGUCCAGGGUGAUGUACUCAUUGUCAUUUAUCAUGCAAGAUCAACAUUGGGAGGAAGAUUGCAAGCUAAGAUGGCUUCAAUGAAGAUGUUUCAGAUUCAGUUCCACACGGGAUUUGUGCCCCGAAAUGCUACAACUGUGAAGUUUGCCAAGUAUGAUCUGGAUGCAUGUGACAUUCAAGAGAAAUACCCUGAUUUAUUUCAAGUGAAUCUUGAAGUAGAAGUGGAACCCAGAGACAGGCCAAGUCUUGAGACUCCACCAUGGGAUAACUUAAAUAUGAAGGGACUGAAUCCAAAAAUUCUGUUCUCCAGCCGAGAGGAGCAACAAGAUAUUUUGUCUAAAUUUGGUAAACCUGAGCUUCCUAGACAGCCUGGAUCUACAGCCCAGUAUGAGGCAGAAGCCUCCCAGCAGUCCCCUGAAAGUGUACCCACAGAGUCAGACUCACCACAGAGUAAUAGCACUGAGACAAACAACUUUUUUCAUACAUUGGACUGGCAAGAAGGAAAAGUAGCAGAACCUGGAGUAGAAAAUAACUUUCUUAAAGAAAACCAUGUUGUUCUGAAUGAAGACAGGGAAGGAAGUGAAUUGUCUGAUGAAGAAUCUUCUACUUUCCCUGGGGAGAACAAAGUAAUUACUAUUGAAGAAGAAAAGUCAAGUGCCCCUGAAAAAGCAGAAGAUGAAAAUUUACUUUUUGAUACAGAUUAUGAACCCUCAGCCCAGCUGCAAGAGCCCCAGCAAGAAGACAGUGUUGAUUUGCUAGGCCUGGACUCUGAAGCUGAACCAGAGCAAAGCCAUGCCUCCAAAGAAAUUCAAAGUUCCUCUAGCAAUGCUGAUUUGUUAAGCAAUCUGUUUGUUGCUGGUGCAACCAUUUCAGAAGAGCCUACAGGGGACUUGCUUGGGGCAGGGACAGAUUUCUUUUUCGGUAGUCCUCCUCCCCCUUCAGAUAAUGCACAGAGUACUUCACAAAAUGUAGUACUCUCUUCAGCUGCUGAUCCAUUUGAUCCAUUCACGAUGGCAUCUGGUUCCGAAACUCAGAGUCAUUCCAAUCCUGAUCUGUUUGAAGAUUUUCUUAAUCCCAGUUCUGCACCAGCCUCAUCCAAUAUGUUUCCUUCUACACACAGUGCACCUCCUCCUUCUUCCAGCUCUGACUUUUUACAUUUAGGAAAUUUGCCAACAGAGCAGCCUACCAAGAUGACUACUUCUGCCAGCCACCCUGAUCUCUUGGGAGGAUGGGACUCCUGGGCUGAUUCCUCCAGUAUUGGCAAUAUAACAUCAACACAGCCUGCCAAAUCUGCAUGCGAAGGCUCAACUUUUUCUUCAGGAAGCCAGUCAAGUGUUACCCCUGGCUCAUCUAUCAGCCAAACUAAACCUCAGAACUUUGAUCCCUUUGCUGACCUUGCUAACCUCAGUUCAGGUAUUCAAGGUCCUUCUUGUGGAUUUUCUCCUGGUGGAUUUGCUCCAAAAGCAGCUCAGUCUUCAAAAGGAGGGAGCCCAUGGCAGACAAAGCCCCCAAACUAUGGUCCAUCAUGGCCAUCCCAGGCGAAAUCACAGCAAACCAAAUCCAGUCCACAGACAAAACCUAAUUAUUCUGUGAAAUUCAGUGUUAUUGGAGGACGAGAAGAGAGGGGCAUUAGAGCUCCCAGUUUUGCUCAAAAGCCAAAAGUUUCAGAAAAUGAUUUUGAGGAUCUGUUACCCAAUCAAGGAUUUUCAUCGAAAUCAGAUAAAAAAGGACCAAAGACAAUUGCUGAGAUGAGGAAGCAAGAGAUGUCUAAAGAUAUGGAUCCUCUUAAGCUAAAGCUUCUUGAUUGGAUCGAAGGAAAAGAGAGGAAUAUAAGAGCUCUGAUUUCCACACUGCACAUGGUGCUUUGGGAGGGAGAAAGCAGGUGGAAACCAGUUGGCAUGGCAGACCUGGUGACUCCUGAGCAGGUGAAGAAGUACUACCGAAAAGCUGUGCUGGUGGUUCAUCCAGACAAGGCCGCCGGGCAGCCCUAUGAGCAGUAUGCCAAAAUGAUCUUCAUGGAGUUAAAUGAUGCCUGGUCAGAGUUUGAAAAUCAGGGAUCCAAAUCCCUUUUUUAAAACCUCAGUUUUUGGGAUUUUCAAAAUGCAUUGGCAGCAGAAUGGCGUCUGAAGGUGUUGUUUGUUGGACUUAAUGUUCCUAGAAUUUGAGAGAGAGUUUCAUGAGCUCAUCCCCAAGUUUGAAAUUCUACUCUCGUAGAUGGGGUGUAUUGUAAAAUGGAAAUCAGCAAAAGCCUCUCGCCAUGUCACAAUUAUAGCCCACAACGAGCCUGUUUUCCCACUUGGUUUGAUUAUGAAACACAUACAGAUCUAAUGACGUCCACAUUGGGGGUGCAGUGGUGUAAGAAGAGCGAGCCAUUCCCAAACCACCAAUAUUGGUUGAUUUUUGCCCAAAAGGAAGACAACUCUGACUUGUGCUUCUGUUAUGUUUCCCUAGUUUGUGAUUUGAUUUUGAUGUUUAGUGCCUCUCACCUCAGUCCAAGCUCUUUAGUGCAAUGAGAAACCGUGAAUUUGCGAAGCACAGCAUUGUUACCUGACUCUAUAGAAGGUGUACAUUUACAUCUGUAUUUUGUGUAAUCAUCCUGAUAAUGACUUUUGUAUAUAAUUAAAAUGUUUUCUGAUGAUAAUCUGCAUUCCUUAUAAUGAAUUGGCAGCCGCUAAGCCAACACUCUUGGUUAUGGGAAGCAAGGAACCAAGUUGUUUGCAAAUCACAUUUCAUGACUCUGGACAAUAGUUGUAUGUCACAUGGAGAAACACUGGCAUUUUUAAUAUAAGUGAUUGCAUGUUAAAAAUCUUUUGUGUUAUUUAUGAAGAACUUUUUGGACAUUAAACUGUAUCGCCAGGGUUCAUUUUCCCAGUUCAUGGCACCUGUAACUUCUGAUACUCCUCUCUUCCCCACUCCAAUCCCAAUGGAAUAGUGUGAUUCCAUUGGUUUUAUAAAUAUGCUGACAGAGAAGAAGAUUGUCCUACUUAUUUCUGAAUCUGAUCUUGAAAUGUGAGCACAAUAUUGUUUACCAUGCUUAUUUCUGUUCUGAAGUCAGCAAAUGUGAUCUCAUUUGCAAUUUGUCAUUGAAAAAUUUUCCUGUUCUUUUAUUGUAUGUCUGGUCAGCUCUUGGUUGUAUUGACCAACCCAGAAUGUCUUAAUAAGUAAUGAUAUAUACUUAGGCAGAUGGUUGUUGGACUUGAGCAUGAAUAUGUGUGUGCAUGUGCACGCCCAUACACACACACACACAUACACACACACAAGAAGUAAUUCACUCUACUUCAGUACAAGAACCAGCUUCAUGUCUGAUGUGUAACAAAGUAUUUUAACAAUAACAAGGAAUUCCUUACCAUCUCAGUAGUUAUUGAGUUUGGUUGGUAGCCUUUACAUACAUGUUUCAUUCUUUCUGAAAAAGGAAGAGGGAAGGAAAACAAGGCAUAAAGGGGAAAUGGGAAGAAAAGAGAGUGAAUUGUAACCCUUUUCAGUAUAGCAUGACCUGAAGUGAUUUCCUCUGAGAAGUCUUACAGUUUCCUAGCUUCUCCGGUCUGAGCUAUUAGUGCCAAUUCUAGCUAUAUCAGUAGCUAAUGGCAGUGUCUGGAUGAGAGAUUCUAGAAUUAAACACUAGGAAAAAAAAAUUAACCUACUUCUGUUAAAUGACAUAUAUAAGGUAGCUCUCUGCCUAGAGUGGAAGAACAGCCUGGUUAAGAUGAUGUUCUUGAUUUUUAAGUGUAUGGUUCAUGUGAACUCUUUGUUAAACACUUAAUUGGCAUCUAGGGGGUAUUGAGUGGGGCAAUCUGACAAGUACAUUACAAUUGGUUUCAUCUUCCUGGAAUACUAAUCUGAUUUGACUUCCUGGUGAGCUCUGUUUUUGAGAUUAGGGAACAGAAUGCAGUCCAUCUGGACAAGUCAGAUUUCUUUCUGCCAGUUAUAUGUGGCCUUUCUUAACUCCAAAAAAGUGCUCCCCCCCUUCAGCAUUCAGGGACAAUAGAGACCAGAUUUAGUUAUGAAGUCUUGGGAUGCCAUUGAGAAUGAGCAGUCUCAUGAAUUAAUUAGAAAAAGCCAGCAUCAAGUGCUGAGAACUGCCCUCAGCAAAGGACAUGGAGUACAAUGAGCACUGUGUAGGAAUACUUUAGGAGUCUAUUUGGAAUCUGCCAGUAGAAGUGCUGAAUGACAAGAACGUAAAGGGAAUGGGAAUAAAGCAAAAGGCAGUGGUGCCUGCAUUGAUAGGAGGGGAAUAGGGGUUUUUUGUUUUUGUUUUUGUUUUUUGUAUCUGUGUAUAUCAAGAGGAAGGCUAAACUGUUCAAGAGGUUACCAGUGAACUUUAAACUGCUAGCACUUGUUUCUGCAAAGACUAGUGACUUUGGGAAAUAGUAAAGAAUUGUCCAUUAGCAGAUGGAAGCCUCUUAAAAAAGAAAAGACUGUCUUAGUAAAUGGUAAAAAUAGUGAGUGAAUGAAUCUAAGUAGGCAGAUUUAAAAUAUUGUAAUCAUGUAGGUGUCAUGAUUCAGUGGUCAUUCAUUGGUGCUGUUGCUGAGUUCUUCCUGCACAGUAGACCCCUGUGCAUUGGGAUAACAUUGCAGUGGAAGGCAGGAAAAUUGGCCCUCCUGCCCUAGUGCCUAAAAGUCAUCCCCAGUUGAGCAUGUAGGUGGCUUCUCACUUUACCAGCAUUUAAGACUGAAAAGAGCUUUUUGACUGGACCACAGCGAAAAAUAUCUAGGCUCUACCCAUCUCAGGAAAGCUUAUCUAGACUGGGGCUUUCUCUACUUUAGGAAGGUUGCUGCUGCCAAGAGGUGCCUCAUGGAACCUGCAGGAGACAGUGUCUGAAGCUCUGUGGUGCCAGGUGAAGUCACCUGGAUCCGGUCCUCUCUCCACCCCAGCACACAGCCCUCUUUGACUGCCACGAAAGGUCAUCAUAGAGAAGGUGCAGGGGGGAGGAGAGCUGAACAGAGACUUUUUAUAAAAAGUACUCUUGCCAUCAACCAUCAUUCAUUAGGAAAUUGAGGCUUUUUCCAUCCCAAUGAUAAGGGACACUAGCCUGUUCAAGGUAGAUAAGAUUUGUAAAAUUCAGUUACAGGAAAGCAUUGGAUGAUGGACCUUAGCAGGUUUUUCAGGGGUGGGGGGUUUCUUUUAAAUAUUAUUGAAUAGACUUAAAAGCUUAACAAUGAAUUGGAAUUUUUAAAAACAAAGAAUGAAGGGGAUGCUUAUUGUCAGAAAUGCCCAGCUAGAUCAUUGCAGAUGAUUUGAUUUAAUUUCCUUAAAUAAGCACUGUAUUAGAGAUCAGUUGACUGUAAUACUUUGCCCCAAACAUAGGAGAAUAAAGUUAUCUACUGGGGUGGGGUAGAGGUUAGAGAGAGAAAGAGAGAAUGAAUCAUUGUUGUGUGGGAGGAAGGAUAGACAGAGGAAACAAUCUGAAGCCGAUCUUGUUUCCUAUUCUCACAGCAGAUGAAGGAAACACAUUGUAGGAAAAGUUCAGAAAAUAGGAAACAAAAUUAUUCCUACUAAAGGGGCCGAAAGGCAUUCACCUAAUUUUUAUCUAAAGAGUUGGAUGCAUAUUUAAGAUCACUAACUGGGAGAGGAAGACCCGACCCUGAUAAUGCUGACAAAUCUAAAGAAAGCUAAAGAGGAUUUGUUAGGGAAUUAAUGAAUUAAAUAAAGCUCAAAGGAAAGUUCAAGGAUCAGAAAGUUGACUUAACAAUAAAGUUGUCAUAUGGUGAGAAAGGCUGGAAGGGAAUUCUGAGAAACUCCUAUGAGCUACUGAAGAUUUAAAGAAGUAGUCUUCCAUUUUUGUUCUCUAAUUUGAGUGAGAACUCUUUUACUAGUCUACAGGAGAUGGCUAGUACCCAAUACCUUGGGCAUUGACCUAACAGACCUAAUUUUGAAUUAUGGAGCAAUAUGCAGCCUACAUGGCUCAGAGCCAACAGGCCCAGACCCUGAAUAGUUAGAAAAGGUUCCAGAGCUUUUAAGAUUGGGUCACCAGUGCCUUUCUCAAAGCUCUGUCAGAUACUGCUAAGAGAAGGAGAGCAUCCUGAGUGAGCAGGGAUUUUUCAGCUAGAAGCAAAGUAGUCCAACCAAAGAAAGACAAGUAUUCAACAUUAACCCAGCUAAGCUAUUCACAGCCCCCUCCUCCAUCUAUCCUAUAACCCAGUAUAUGCCAAUUUCAGAAAAUGGGUCCUUUCUGCACAUAGUCGUGUGUUAUUGGAUUCUCAGCAGAUUAGGCAAGCAUGUUCUUUCACAGAGUGAGCUGAUGUCCUAUCUACAGUCUUAAUUUACUAGACUGGGAUUUUUUGAAUGGUUUUUCUCAAUUUUAUUUUAAAUUCAAUGCAUUGUGUUGGGACAAAUUGGUACUCUGUGAAAAGCUAAAGCAGUUAAUCAAAUGGCAAAAAUCAUUAGUAUUGCUCCUUAACACUUACUUGAAUGACAUCACACCUUUCCAUUAAGUGCUUCAGAGAACACUAAUGAGAUUAAGGAGGGGGCUAGGGGAAGCCAAGGGCUGGCUGAAGUGGAAGUUUCUUGUUCAAGGUCACACUGAGUUGGUUGAUGACAGACUUGAAGUAUGGAUCCCACUCUUCAGGUCUCUCAGUAAAGGAAGGGCCCCAUUGUUUUUGACCACUGUUUGUGGAGCUUGGAAUUAGGAAUUUGAUUACUUGGAGGGCUGAUCUGAAUUUCAGGUGAUUGACUUUGACUCCACAUUCCUUUUUAUAUCUGACUUUCUUGACUGUCUAUCCCUUUUUUAAGAUGUGUAUCUUGACCCCUGGGCUUGUUCCCUGAGUUUUGGUUUCUAGAUCCUAAGCACCAGGGAAGUUGAUCCAGAUUUCCACAAAAAUUUGAAGAAAACAUUAGGAUGUUCUGUCCGUUAAUUAACAACAGAAAGUUGUGCUUUGAACAGUGCCUUUGUCAUUUUUAUUUUUGAAACAUAGGUCAGAAUUGGGCUGUGUAUUCUGCAUGAGACAAAUCAUAAAAAUUUGUCCUCUUUCUAGGGGGCUCCAUGCUCAGCACAAAUACCUCAGUCUCCAUACAUUUGUUUGGGAUUUUAAAAGUAAAUGUUUACGAAUCUCAGAAAUGUUCCUAAGCAAGCCUCCUUGCGACUUUAGGUAGCUCUCAGAACCAUCCCUGUUACUCGGGAUCAAAAGAAGGUGGAGUGUGUGUGUGUGUGUGUGUGUGUGUGUGUGUGUGUGUGUGUGUUCCAAAUAUAGUCACAAAUGACCACUUCUGAAUGGUCAAGUCUGAUUAUCAUCAUACCCUGUGAUGGUAAACUGCUACCCCGGUCCUUUGUUUUAGGGAUCUAGAGUCACUGCUAGUUUUUGUUAGCAAUGGAGCACUGUUUUGGGGACAAGUAUGUCUCCACUGGUCAGUAUAUAUCUCAUCCCCAGACAUGUUCCAGGGAUAAGAGUUGGGUUAUGUUGGGUCAGGUCAGGCCUAGAGAGAAUAGACUUGCUUUUUUGGUUGUUCUAUGGGGUUGAGUUGCAGGGGAAAGGGUAAUUGCCCCAUAAGGACUAGGAAUUCUGUGGGGUGCCUGGCACCAAUUCUCUUGUAUGCUAGGGAAUGGUCUCUGAGGCUUAAAACAAGACCUUACCCCAAAAGAGAAAUUGAGUAUUGGACUGAAGUUGGUAUCUGGUCAUGGUGGCUACCUGAGCGUCCUGCCUGAUGCCUUUGCGGACUCUGUACCUGCCUUUCUUCUGGAACUGCUCUUUUAAUGACUUGAGUAUAGAUUGCCUGCAAUUGGGAGCAGCGCUGUUCUCUGCUUGAGGAAAGAGGACAGUGUUGGUUUUACAGAAGGAAAAAAAGGAGUAGGAAGUCCUGAACAAGUUUGGGACUCGGCCCAGACACACUUGAAUUUUAAGAGUUAUAGGUGGUGAUGCAUAUGGGGAAUUGGGAUCUGAGUUCAAAGGAGAAGGGCAUUUUCUUUACUCUCUCCAAAAGGAAAAGGAGGGAUGCUAGUCUCUGCUUAAAUCCAUAGUUUUCUAGUCAAGUUCACCAGCCUCAGCUCAGGGUUUUGCUGCAUCAGCAUUUACCUGUUUUUCCAGGAACCACUUGUGGCCAUUCCUAGGGAGUUGUUUCUAACCAGUCAAGGAACCUUGAACCCUGUAAUUUAAAUACUGAUUGCUGCUUCUAUUGUCUGUGAUUUCUUCCAAAUGAGUCAGGCCAGUGUCUUUCUGCUAAGUUUCAAUUAUUAGUUACUUGAAUUUAUGAUUCCAGAUUGAUUAACUUAAUGGGCAUAUACUGUUCAUACUGUCCAAAGUUAAUUCCAGUAUUUCCUGAAACCUUUUGCAAACCACCUUCCAACCAGGACUGAUAGGUCCAAACCACUGAUCUGGACAGAGUUCCUGCCCAGUGGAUGACUUUCCAGGCCUCUGUUGUGAAAAGCCAACACUGCCAGUUGGUCAGUGUUUGAGUAAUGAAGGAUAGCUUUUGUGUGUAAGCUUCUUAAACUGUCAAAGAAUUUGUAUACAUUCUUUAUCCAAAAUGUGAUUUAUUUAUAUUAAAUGUGAUCUCAAAUGGGAGCCAGAGGCAUUAUGGACGUUUUGGAUAAACUUACAUUCAAUUGAAUGUAUAUUUCCACCUCAGUCUAUAUAAGUGAGUAUGGGCUGAUGCUGUUAAAAAAUAUUAAUGUGAUAAUGGUUUUAUGUGGUGGCCAGUUUCUCUAGCUGUGACUUUUUGGUGGGUGGAUAUAAAGAUGGGGGCUUGUCUCAUAGUCUGAUCAUCUUUCAUCCGGAAUUGCUCUGUACUAAAUUUGCUAUUGUCAAAAAAAAGUAUAAAUAUGUAUGUAUAUAUAAAAAUGAAAAACAUGAACAAAAGAUGAAUAGUCUAUUAGGAUUCUUGGCACAAAAUGUCCUUAAAUAAAAGUCUUUGCUUUGAA